AUGACGGACGGUCUAGAGGCUGCUAUGCAGCAACUCAAGAUAAAGAUGGAUGCUAUAGAUCCAGAUGGAGACCUUGAUGCAUGGGCUAAAGAUGAUGCAGUAGAGAAGCCGCGUAGCCGCAGGAUCCAACCGGCAGAGGAGCUGAAAGCUGAGCUGGAGAGAGAGUUUCUGAUACCGUCUCCGCGCUUCAACACUCACUGGCUGAACAAACUUCAGAGGCGAUGGGACUAUCCAACAGACUACUCGAAGCUCUUUGAGCUUGCACCGACCCAGAGUCGGACCAUCAUCAGGUUCAACCGUGAAGGCUUAGAAGGUAAAGUCACCGGCUACCAUGAAGUCACUGUUCCAGCCGGAAGUGCUACGGCGAAGAACUCUACUUCUCUACGAAGAAAACCAGCGAGUCGUGCAGAUUUCGUCAGAGGAGCUGCAGGAUUCUACCCAUUUGCACCAGGUGGCCUUGAAGCAGUUGAUGACAUUUCAGCCAUUGAUGCAGAGGCGGAGCUGGAUGAAGGCCAGACUCUGGAAAGUCCACCGAAGAAAUCAUCAGGUCUUGACAGAGUUAUCAAUUUCGGUUCUGAAGGUGGUUUACUAGAGAUACCCCCUGGAUUCACCCGUGGGCUCAAGUUUAAAAUCGAAGAGGCCAAAGAUGCCCAAGAAGGAGUAGAAGAAGUCCGCAAAGCACUUGAAGGUGAAGAUGAAACUGAACUUAAGCAUCUACCGAGCCAGGAAUCUGGAGAUACUGCCAGAAAACCAGGCGUUGAAGAAGGUGGCGAAGACUCAACUAGUGAGGAUGAAGAGGAUAUCGAUGCACUUCUACCUGUGGAAUACCCUGCUUUGGAGCCUAGGGGACAACUCAUCCAGUCUUCUUUGAAAAAGUCUCGCAAAGAGUGGGCUCAUGUCGUGGAUGUGAAUAAGGAGAUAACCAAUUUCUACGAGCUUGUUCCCGAUAUGGCCCGGGAAUAUCCAUUCGAACUGGAUACUUUUCAAAAGGAAGCAGUGUAUCAUUUGGAGAAUGGAGAUUCCGUAUUUGUCGCUGCUCACACUUCUGCCGGAAAGACAGUAGUUGCAGAAUAUGCAAUCGCUCUAGCAAAUAAGCAUAUGACUAAAGCGAUUUAUACAUCUCCAAUAAAGGCCUUGAGUAACCAGAAAUUCCGCGAUUUCAGAGGUACAUUUGAUGAUGUUGGAAUCUUAACCGGAGAUAUACAGAUUAAUCCAGAGGCAAGCUGCCUGAUUAUGACAACGGAGAUUCUUCGAAGUAUGCUUUAUCGAGGCGCCGAUUUGAUACGUGACGUGGAGUUUGUCAUAUUCGACGAAGUCCAUUAUGUUAAUGACUUGGAAAGAGGGGUUGUAUGGGAAGAGGUCAUCAUCAUGCUGCCGGAGCACGUUAGCCUCAUCCUCCUAUCUGCCACGGUACCUAACACCUACGAGUUUGCUUCGUGGGUGGGACGGACAAAGAAGAAAGAUAUUUAUGUUAUCUCAACGCCAAAACGACCAGUACCACUGGAACAUUAUCUCUGGGCUGGAAAGGAAAUAUACAAAAUAGUUGAUUCGGAGAAACGGUUCAUUGAAAAAGGCUGGAAAGAUGCCGAUGAUAUACUCUCAGGACGUGAUAAAGUCAAAGCUCAGAAAGCAGCAGAGGCUCAGGCAGCUCGGAGUGGGCAUCAGUCGGAGAGGGGACGUGGCCAGGGUCAGCGUGGAAGUGGUCAACGCGGUACAGGGCAACGGGGUGGCCCUCAACAAAGAGGCAGAGGGCAGCCAUCAGCUCGGGGAAUUGGCAAUAUUGCAAGGACAGGACGUGGCGGUGGCAGGACCUCUGCUGCACAGGACCGUAAUGUAUGGGUACAUUUGGUGCAAUAUCUCCGAAAACGCGAAAUGCUUCCGGCGUGCAUUUUCGUCUUUUCUAAGAAACGAUGCGGAGAGAAUGCGGAUUCUCUUUCUAAUCAGGACUUCUGCACUGCUGCAGAUAAGAGUGCAAUCCACAUGGUCGUGGAAAAAUCGUUGACUCGUCUCCGGAUUGAAGAUCGAGAUCUCCCACAGAUCCGUAAGGUUCGUGAACUGCUUAGUCGAGGUGUUGGCGUCCAUCAUGGUGGCCUUCUUCCUAUCGUUAAGGAAAUUGUCGAAAUAUUGUUUGCAAAAGGACUUGUAAAGAUCCUAUUUGCAACAGAGACCUUUGCAAUGGGUCUAAAUUUGCCUACUCGCACAGUUGUCUUCUCUGGAUACCGGAAGCACGACGGAAGGGGCUUCCGAGACCUCCUAGCUGGAGAAUAUACCCAAAUGGCUGGUAGGGCUGGUCGUCGUGGUCUUGACACAGUUGGAUCGGUUAUUAUUGUCACAUCCGGCCGUGACGAAGCCCCGCCUAUCACGACACUGAGGAAGAUGAUACUCGGUGACCCGACGAAGCUACGAUCUCAAUUCAGACUCACGUAUAACAUGAUGCUGAAUCUUUUACGUGUCGAAGCGUUGAAGAUCGAGGAGAUGAUUAAGCGAAGUUUUAGCGAAAAUGCUACGCAGGCACUUCUCCCUGAACAUGAGAAACAAGUGCAGCUGUCUGAAGCCAGUUUGGAAAAGAUAAAGCGAGAGCCUUGUGCAGUCUGUGAUGUUGACCUUGCGGCCUGCCACCAGGCAAGCGUUGAGUAUGAACGUCUAACAGUUCAGCUGCAUACACUGCUCCUGGCUUCUCCUGUUGGCAAACGUAUGUACGCCGCAAAACAGCUGGUUGUAUUCAAAAAGAAUGGAGUCAGGACGGCUGGAGUACUGAUGAAGGAGGGAGUCACCGGUGGACCUAUACCAUCCUUGAACGUUUUCGAGAUCGGCCCAGUUGAAUCUCGAAGAUUUCCCAGUGAUAUACUUCCGUACAUGCCCGUUUUCAGGGAGUACUUCCACCCGCUGCCCACAUCGCCUGAGAACAUGGUUCUAAAGAGUUGCAAAGUACCGAUCGCCAAUCUCGAGUGUGUGACAGGUACAACGGUGCGGGUUGGCGGCCCAACUUGGUGUCUCAAUAUCCAUAAAGAGGCAUUGAAAGUGGCAGAUAAGGAAUUUUCAAAACUUUGCGCAUCGUGGACAGACAAAUCCUGGGAUGAGCUUGACUGGGAACGAGUCAAGGACAUGUCUGUCAGGGAAGUGCUGGAGCAAAGGGCUCAACAAGUUAAGAUUGCGAGGUCCUGUGCAUGCCUUCAAUGCCCACAGUUCCUCAAACAUUUUGAGAUGCAACAUGACGAAUGGCAGGUGAAGGAAAAUAUCUCGCAGCUGAAACUGCUAAUGUCAGAUCAAAACCUCCAGCUCCUGCCUGAUUAUGAACAACGAAUCCAAGUGUUAAAAGACCUGGGCUUCGUCGACGAAGCCAGCCGAGUUCAACUCAAGGGAAAGGUCGCCUGCGAGAUCCACUCAGCGGAUGAACUGGUACUCACCGAGCUGAUACUUGAGAACGUGUUGGCGGAGUACGAGCCAGAGGAAAUCGUAGCCCUCCUCUCCGCGUUUGUCUUCCAGGAGAAGACAGAGAACGAACCAAACCUGACACCCCGUCUGGAGGCCGGCAAGGAAGCUAUCAUAGCAAUAUCCGACCGGGUGAACGACCUGCAGAUCAAGCAUCAGGUCGUGCUCUCAUCCGACGACGCUAACGACUUUGCGAGCAAACCACGGUUCAACCUGAUGGAAGUUGUGUACGAGUGGGCACGAGGGAUGACGUUCAACCGCAUCACGGACCUCACGGACGUCAUGGAGGGCACUAUCGUGCGGGUAAUUAGUCGAUUGGAUGAAACUUGCCGCGAGGUCAAGAACGCUGCCAAGCUUGUUGGAGAUCCAUCCCUGUACAACAAGAUGCAGCUGGCGCAGGAGAUGAUCAAGCGAGAUGUGAUCUUUGCAGCUUCACUCUACCUCUAG